UGGUGCUGAUGCUGAUGCAGUGUGGAAGAGAAGAGCGCAGAGCAACGUGCAGUACGAUGCGGGGGUUUCUCAACUCCGCGGCACUCGUCUCUUCUGAAGGACAGGCUUAUCCCUUUGUAAAUUAUAUUUUUGUAGGAUUUUUAUAAUUGUUUCAUCCAAGACUGUCUCCGGACCAAUAAUUUGCAUUCUGAUCGGAAUCUGUCUCAACUAAAUGCCCGUGGCGUAGCGAAAUAGGGGCACUUUGAGUGAAGGACGCGUUGGUUUACUUACAAUCAUUCAACAGAUAAAAACCAUCCGCGGAUCAAAGUUGAUCUGGAUAUCUGCUUGCCUGGAUAGAACGCAGCCAUGGCGGAUGCUGCAGCCGAAUACGGCGUGAAAGUAAUGUGCCGAUUCAGGCCACUAAAUGAAUCCGAAAUAACAAGAGGAGACAAAUACAUCCCCAAAUUCAAAGAAGACGACACCGUGGUUAUAACUGGUAAACCGUAUGUCUUUGACCGCGUCCUGCCUCCCAAUACAGCCCAGGAGCAGGUCUACGAUGCCUGUGCCAAACAGAUUGUUAAAGACGUCCUUGGAGGAUACAAUGGAACCAUCUUUGCCUAUGGACAGACCUCCUCGGGGAAGACCCACACCAUGGAGGGCAAGCUCCACGACCCCCAGCUGAUGGGCAUCAUCCCACGCAUCGCUCACGACAUCUUCGAUCACAUCUACUCCAUGGACGAGAACCUCGAGUUCCACAUCAAGGUCUCGUAUUUUGAGAUCUACCUGGACAAGAUCCGAGACUUACUAGAUGUGUCGAAGACCAACCUGGCUGUGCAUGAGGACAAGAACAGAGUUCCCUAUGUCAAGGGUUGUACAGAACGCUUUGUGUCCAGUCCAGAGGAAGUCAUGGAUGUCAUCGAUGAGGGAAAGGCCAACCGGCACGUGGCUGUGACAAACAUGAAUGAGCACAGUUCCAGAAGCCACAGCAUCUUCCUGAUCAACAUCAAACAAGAGAAUGUGGAAACAGAGAAGAAACUGUCAGGGAAGUUAUACCUGGUGGAUCUGGCUGGGAGUGAGAAGGUCAGUAAGACAGGUGCUGAAGGAGCCGUGUUGGACGAAGCUAAAAAUAUCAAUAAGUCCCUCUCUGCUCUGGGGAAUGUCAUCUCUGCUCUGGCUGAGGGGACAAAAAGCCACGUCCCGUACAGGGACAGCAAGAUGACCCGUAUCCUGCAGGACUCUCUAGGGGGGAACUGUAGGACCACCAUCAUCAUCUGUGCAUCUCCCUCCAUCUACAACGAGUGUGAGACCAAGUCUACCCUCAUGUUCGGACAGAGAGCCAAGACCAUCAAGAACACCGUGUCUGUGAACCUGGAGCUGACUGCUGAGGAGUGGAAGAACAAGUACAACAAGGAGAAAGACAAGAACAAGAGUCUGAAGAACGUUAUCCACAGGCUGGAGAUGGAACUCAACCGCUGGAGGAAUGGUGAGAACGUCCCUGAGGAGGAGCAGCUGAGUGCCAAGGAGCAGAAGCACCUGGAGCCGUGUGACAACACUCCCAUCAUAGAUAACAUGGCUCCAGCUAACGGACUGGUUCUGGUCUCCACCGAGGAGAAGAGCAAGUACGAGGAGGACAUCAGCAAUCUGUACAAACAACUGGACGACAAGGAUGAUGAGAUCAACCAGCAGAGCCAGCUGGCUGAGAAACUCAAGGAACAGAUGUUAGACCAGGAUGAGCUGCUGGCGUCGACGAGAAGAGACUAUGAGAAGAUCCAUGAGGAUCUGUCUCGUCUGCAGACUGAGAACGAGGCUGCCAAGGAGGAGGUGAAGGAGGUGCUGCAGGCGUUGGAGGAGCUGGCUGUGAACUACGACCAGAAGAGCCAGGAGGUGGAGGACAGGAGCCAGGCCAACCAACAGCUGCAGGAGGAGCUGCAGCAGAGGACUACGGUCCUGUUGUCAGUUCAGAUGGAGCUGACCACGCUCCAGGAGCUCAGUGGACACCAGAAGAAGAGAGCCGCAGAGAUCCUCCACCUGCUGCUCAGAGACCUCAGUGAGAUAGGAGCCACCAUGGGCACCAGCGACAUCAAGGUGAUGGCUGAGGGGAACGGUAACGGUGGAGUGAUUGAGGAAGAGUUCACCAUGACCCGUCUCUACAUCAGUAAGAUGAGGUCAGAGGUCAAGUCUCUGGUGAACCGCUCCAAGCAGCUGGAAAGCUCCCAGGGUGACACCUCACGCAAGAUGGCCGCCAACGAGAAGGAGCUGGCUUCCUGUCAGCUGCUCAUCUCCCAGCACCAGGCCAAGAUCAAGUCCCUGACAGACUACAUGCAGAACAUGGAACAGAAGAAGAGACAGCUGGAGGAGAGUCAGGACGCUCUGACUGAGGAGCUGGCCAAGAUGCACGCUCAGGAGAAAAUGCACGAGGUGUCAGUGGUGGACACGGAGAAGGAGCACGUCAGUAGACUGGAGGGUGAAGAGGAGGUUAAGAAGACUCUAGAACAGCAGAUGGAGGCUCACAGAGAGGCCCACCAGAAGCAGCUGGCCCGACUCAGGGACGAGAUCGAUGACAAACAGAGGACGCUGGAUGAACUCACAGAUCUGAACCAGGGCCUGAUGCUGGAGCAGAGGAGGCUGAUGUCUGACCAUGAGAAGCUGAAGGUGGAGGAACAGGAGAAGGACAUGAAGCUCCAGAAGCUGGUCAUCUUCAACGAGCAGAGAGAGCAGGCCAGACAGGACCUCAAGGGACUGGAGGAGACUGUGGCCAAGGAGCUGCAGACUCUUCAUAACCUACGCAGGCUCUUUGUUCAAGACCUCACAACACGCGUCAAGAAGAGUGCAGAGCUGGACUGUGAGGAUGGAGUGGGCAGCGCCGCCCAGAAACAGAAGAUCUCCUUCCUGGAGAAUAACCUGGAGCAACUCACUAAAGUCCACAAGCAGUUGGUGCGUGACAACGCGGACCUUCGCUGCGAGCUUCCCAAGCUGGAGAAGCGUCUGCGGGCCACGGCUGAGCGGGUCAAAGCCCUGGAGAAUGCGCUGAAGGAUGCCAAGGAGAAUGCUAUGAGGGACAGGAAACGCUACCAGCUAGAGGUGGACCGUAUCAAGGAGGUCGUCAGGGCCAAGAACAUGGCCAGGAGAGGAAACUCUGCUCAGAUCGCUAAGCCCAUCCGGCCAGGCCAACACCCCCUGUCUUCCCCUACAGUCAUCAGAGGAGGAGGCCUCUACAGCCACAGCUACAACCUCAGCACCAAGUAACCAUGUAGAAUCUAGACCCUGAGUCACGAGUGCAUGUGUGGUAGGUACAGACUGUCCCAUUCCCAGUAAGUCCCCUCUGUCCUCAUCCUCUUGUCCUUCCUCUGGGUCUAGGAGUAAGACCCCUCUGCCCUCAUCCUCCUGUCCUUCCUCUGGGUCUAGGAGUAAGACCCCUCUGCCCUCAUCCUCCUGUCCUUCCUUUGGGUCUAGGAGUAAGACCCCUCUGCCCUCAUCCUCCUGUCCUUCCUCUGGGUCUAGGAGUAAGACCCCUCUGCCCUCAUCCUCCUGUCCUUCCUCUGGGUCUAGGAGUAAGACCCCUCUGCCCUCAUCCUCCUGUCCUUCCUCUGGGUCUAGGAGUAAGACCCCUCUGUCCUCAUCCUCCUGUCCUUCCUCUGGGUCUAGGAGUAAGACCCCUCUGUCCUCAUCCUCCUGUCCUUCCUCUGGGUCUAGGAGUAAGACCCCUCUGUCCUCAUCCUCCUGUCCUUCCUCUGGGUCUAGGAGUAAGACCCCUCUGUCCUCAUCAUCCUGUCCUUCCUCUGGGUCUAGGAGUAAGACCCCUCUGCCCCCUUCCACUCUACUCUGUGGCAUCUUUCAUAGUUUUCACAUACUGUAUGUCUCUCUCUUUUCCAUUGUACAUGUACAUAUAUAUUUCAUUGUAGUGUUGUCCUGGAGGGGAAGAUGUGUGCUGAUAGAUGGUUACAUGUAUAUUACAGAGGGUGAUAUGCCAUCACUAAGAACCACAUUGUAUAGCAUAUGACAGUCACAGUAAUGUAAACAUGAUCUUUACUUGUUGUUGAAGAAUCCUUUGCAUUAGGAAUGUAUGAUAGUUCACCUGAAGAAGUUCAAAGUUCAGACUGGAAUGAUCGCCCACCUGCACUGUGUUUUGCACCAUAUUCAUUUACUUCAGUUAUGAUCAGCACAUUGUUUUUGCUCUGUUGUAUUGGUAAGCAUAUUGAUCAUGGUUUACCUAUGCUUUUAGGGACACUUUAUUCUUAAAAUAAGCUAAGUUUGAAUGUAAUGUUUUAAUUCACUUACAAAACAAGCUGUGCUUUAGUUAAGCAAUAAGGCCCGUGGGGGUGUGAUAUAGGGCCAAUAUACCACGGCUAAGGGCUGUUCUAAGGCACGACGCAACGUGGAGUGCCUGGACACAGCCCUUAGCCAUGGUAUAUUGGCCCUAUACCACAAACCACUGAGGUACCUUAUUGAUAUUAUAAACUGGUUACCAACGUAAUUAGAGCAGUAAAAAUACAUGUUUUGUCAUACCUGUGGUAUACGGUCUGAUAUACCACGACUGUCAGCCAAUCAGCAUUCAGGGCUCGAACCACCCAGUUUUUAAUUUCAAUUAUGCAACUGAUUGUAAUGACCACUGCGUUGAGAAACUCGUGGGGCGUAGACCAAAAAAAUGUCCUAAUUUUACCAAGAGCCUCAAAUUGUGAGGUAGAUUUCAAUAUCCACCAUUAGAGGGCAGUGUUUGACAGCUUAGUGCACUGCACUGUAUCCAUACUAGGCUAAUGCAGUGAUGCUGAUCAGCCAAUCAGAGAUGUUCAUGCAGUGAUCCUGGGGAACAGUGCAAUACACUCUAUAGCCAAAACACUAACAGAAAGAGAGAUUGGUAUAAAAAAAAAUGUAAUGUCAACUUUCUACUUACAAUGUGGCUCCAAUUGUUUAUCACCGAACUUGCCUCUCACCACUUGCCAAACUGUCAUUGUAAAUAAACAUGUCUUCGUAACUGACUCGCCUAAUAUAAACUCAUUUUAAGUAAAGGUCAUGUAAAUAAAUCUCAUCAGGAAGUGAAUUAUGUUUCAUCUGGAUGGAGAUUCAUUCCCCGAGUAUGUGUUGAUCAUUUCUGUUAUGCUUUUAAUUUGAUCAUCUCAGAGCAUGAUUUGGAUAUAUGUACAUACGGUUCUAGACGUGUGUUCCAUUUGUAAAUGGUUACAUUGUUGCAGUUUGCACCACCAUGCAUAUAGCUGCUCACCGUAGUAUGGCUGUGGGGUGUUGUAAGACGUUCCCUCAAUGAAGGAACAGCACCACAAGGAAAAUGAGCUUUGAUACGUUGCUUUGAACUCUGCCUGUGAACUUAUGGAGGCUCCAAAUAAAAGCAGGAAUAGGAUUGAUUCAUGGCCAUUCUAACUGCAUGGUGUAUAAUUCAUUUGAAAUGUUUAAAUCCAAGCGAAUAAAUAAAGAUAUUUAACAUAAA